AUCCCCGGCUCUUUCAGGCCUAGGGCACCACUCUAGGAAAGUGGGGGUGACGCGUUUUGCAGCGAGACAAUUGAAGGGAAUGCAGUAAUAAGUAACCGUGUGUGUCAGAUCAGUGAAAAACAUUGAGCAAUUAAAACGAAUGGAAUGUACAAGCAACGUUCUUCUACUCUUUGUAACAGUUAAGCAGCUUGAUCAACUCUCCCGCACUGGAUCCGCAGCAUUAGGCCUCAUGGAGCUAGGCACCCGACGAGCGCUGACCACCGUGGAACACGCCCCACAUUUUGCUCCCCUCCGCCAACCUUGAAGGGAGGGACACUCCUUACCCCCCCUCCCCCCGCCCCCCACAUAACCUUCUCUGGUAACCUCCCCCCCUUCCCCAUACCUGAUACAAUGUUGAUCGGGAAGCUGAAGCAGAACCUGCUGGUGGCCUGUCUGGUCAUUAGUUCGGCCACUGUCUUCUAUCUAGGCCGUCACGCCAUGGAGUGCCACCACCGUAUCGAGGAGCGCAGCAGCCACCCCGAGGGCCAAGGGUUCAUAGGGGGCCUCCUGGGUCCCGGUGGGGUUCUCCUGGGCGGUUCUUCCGCCACCCUACGGGGCUCUGGAACAGGGGGCCACAACCUCUCUUCUCCUUUCAUCUACAACAAGGACAUGCCUCUGGUGUUUAUAGGAGGGGUCCCCCGGAGCGGGACCACAUUGAUGAGAGCGAUGCUGGAUGCCCACCCUGAAAUUCGGUGUGGCGAGGAGACCAGGGUCAUUCCUCGCAUCCUGGCCAUGAAGCAGAUGUGGUCACGCUCUGGGAGGGAGAAGAUGAGGUUGGAUGAGGCCGGGGUGACGGACGAGGUUCUGGAUGCUGCUAUGCAGGCCUUUCUCCUGGAGAUUAUUGUGAAGCACGGCGAGCCGGCAAACUUCCUGUGCAACAAGGACCCCUUCGCCCUGAAGUCCCUCUCAUACCUGGCGAAGAUAUUCCCGCAUGCCAAGUUCAUCCUCAUGAUCCGAGACGGACGCGCCUCGGUCCAUUCAAUGAUCUCACGCAAGGUGACGAUUGCCGGGUUUGACCUAGGCAGCUACAGAGACUGUCUGACCAAGUGGAACAGGGCCAUAGAGACCAUGUACUCUCAGUGCAUUGAUGCAUCGGACAAGUGCCUUCCUGUGCAUUAUGAACAGCUGGUCCUGCAUCCAGAGAAAUGGAUGAGGACGCUGCUCAAAUUCCUAGACAUUCCCUGGAACGACGCGGUGCUACAUCACGAGGAGCUCAUCGGUAAAGUAGGAGGUGUGUCCCUGUCCAAGGUAGAAAGGUCCACAGACCAAGUAAUCAAGCCUGUCAAUGUGGAGGCCUUAUCCAAGUGGGUGGGCAAGAUCCCUGUGGAUGUGCUGAGAGACAUGGCUGUCAUCGCCCCCAUGCUGUCACGCUUGGGCUACGACCCUCAUGCCAACCCACCCAACUACGGACGGCCAGACGCCAAGGUUCUGGACAACACCAGGAGGGUCUUUAAAGGGGAAUUUCAGCUACCUGAUUUUCUAAGAGAACAAUCACAGCUUCAGAAGACACCAGAGAAGCCCAACCCUAGUUAGGAAGAAUGGGGGGGGGACCAUUACAACACAGAAUUUUCUUGAAGAUGGAAAGAGCUGCAGCUGGAGUACUGUCUGAUGAAUCAGAUACUGGGUACUAAGGGACAGGAUGGAAUUUAAUACUUGCACCACUACCUUUUUGGGGACCUCAGUGCUUUUCUGUGGAGACACGCAAGACACAACAGUGUGUGCUAUCUUGACUGGAUAUUACCGUUUUACACACACACACACACACACAUACGUGUUUGCCUGUGUUUGUGGGGAUCGAACCAGCCUGCCUCUGUGGAGAACUCUCUUGGCCUUUGAUGUCGUACUGUAAAAUAAUGAUGUUUGUCACAAAUGUGACCAUAGAAUGUCAAUGUUGCUGUUUUUAUUUGUCACAUCUUGCUCAUCUGGAAUUUAAACAAAAUAAUGAUUUCUCCUGGCUAUAUACAAACCUGUGAUUCUGUUGUAAGAAACUGCAGUGGAAAUAAUGAAACAUUUUAAAAGGAAGUACAAUAUUUAUGGAUGAAAGUUAACUUUUCAGAAAUGCAAUAUCUAUUUUCAUGUUAGUUUUUUCUUCUUCAUGCCUUUGUAUUGUGCAAUUCUAUGGGUACUGAAUGAAGUACAAGGUCUCAGUAUUGACAGUGAUAAAAAUAGCUUUUUGUAA